UGAUCGCCUCUAAAGAGUCUGUCCUGACGUUGCACUUCAUGUUAUGGCGGAAUAUAUACCGUUCUCCUCAUCGUAAUUAACUAGCUGGAAACCACACGGACCGGUUACGUAUCCUCCUUCGACAGCAGCACGGACUGAUUCGCGGCUGGGCACGAAGAGACGGGCUCAUGCCUUACCGCUUACUAGGCCCUGCGAUCAACCCCACCGGCGCUGUCACUCCCUGGUGCAGCUGAGAAGACGCCAUGACUUUUUAGUCUACUCAAAAGUGCAGCUGCGAAGUCGUUUUGCACGACUCAGAAUACAUCUCACUCGAAUCUCACAUCUCACGCACACGUUUUACACAUCAGCCGCAUCAUCCGCCGCUGGCGCCCGACUUCUGGCCCUCCAGCCGCGCAGUCCUCCGUCAUUCGCACAUCCCUAUAGAAUCACGCGUUACAGGAUAUACAAGUGCUCCGCGGAAGCCCAUGGCGCCUGCCUGCGCGGAAAUCAGGGGAGCUGCGGGCAGAACCGGCGCGGCCGCUCUUGCGCGGACCCUCCCCGCCUCAGCCGAUCGCGGGGCGCCAGUCGCAGCCCGCCACGUGCAUUACGAGUCGAGGAAGACUCGACAUUUGACAGAAACAGGAACAGGGGCAAGGGCACGCGCAAAGGCAGGGGCAGCCCGGCAGCGCGAUUCUGUCUGCUACAGCUGCAGCAGCAGCUGCAGCUGCUGCUGCUGCGUGGCUAAUCGACGGGAUCACUCGUCGUCGCUCGGAGCCCAGCUACGGCCCGUAGCCGCGCUACAGCCGUGGGACGCGCUACAGCUCUCUUCGCCGCCGCGAGGUCUGGGCUUGGGAGUCCGAGGCUCGGGCGGCGCAGUGGUUGGCGGGAGGAGAAGCGGCGCGGUGGGCGGAGGCGCAGGGGCGCGCCGAUCGCUGCCGUGUCGGCGGAACGGUGAUUCGUGGCGGCAACCACUCACGAGACCAGCCGCGCUGGCAGUCCGUUGCGCCGGGUCUGGCUCCGACGGCGUUAACUGGACCAAACGCGCCGACACAGGCGGGGAUAGCGGCACGAACGCCAGCGCUUCCAGCAGCAGCAGAAGCGGCGGCGGCGGCGGCGGCGACGGCACCAGCGACAACGGCGGUAGCAGCAGUGGCAGCAGCAGCGGUGGUGGUAGCAACAGCAGUAGCAGCACCAGCACCAACGGCUUCGGCAGCUUCGAUGGCUUUAAGGGCUUCGCGUCGUCGUUCCAGGAUUUCGGCAAGGGCAGCGGCUUUAACUUCCGCAACUUCGCCGCCGGUAAUAAGAGCGGGGGGAGCGGCGGAAGCGGCGGAAGCGGGGGAAUGGGGGGAAGCGCGAGCAGCAGCAGCAGCAGCCGCAGCAGCAGCCGCAGCAGCAGCGGCAGCAGUAGCAGCGAUCCGCAGAAGCAGCUGGCGGGAAUUGUGGCGGACGUGCGGCGACUGGGCCUGUCGGGGAUCGUGUUCGGCGCGAUCUGCGGCAUGCACGGCGUGGCUCACGGCACGCUGGGCGGCACGGGGGAGCGCGUGCUGGAGGGACUGUCGCAGAUAUGGUUCAUCUUCAUCAUGCUGGACGUGGUCCUCACAGCUGCCACGUGGAUUGCUGGGGGCGCCGCGCAACUGCUGGUGCUGGCGUUCGCUAUGUGUCCGUGGUGCGGCCAUCAGUUCCACUACCACAGCGACUUCUUUCAGGGAGUGAUGGCAUGUCCCCGCUGCUUCCACCCGCUCAGAUAUGAGAACGGCACGUUCCUGCGUGAUCGCCCGCGGUUCUCCCGUGUGGACUUCAGCUACGACGUCUUUGCAGAGGCUGAGGAUGAUGAGGUGCGUAGGCAGAAAGCCCUUCCUCCUGUGGUGGAUGUUGACGCCACUAUCACCGACAAACACUGACAGCUCGCCUGAAGGGUCACUUCGCCAUGAUACACCUGCCACCGGUGGGCAAGUUCCAGCUGCACCCCCCUUGGAAAUUCGAGGCACGGUACUUGGCGGCUUCCAUGGCGUGAGACAGAGAGCGCGAGUGAAACCCUGGAGGCGGUCUGUUCCCUUCACCUCCUUGUGGCGUUUCCUUUGGUACAGCAUGCGUAGCAUCGGACUUUCCCCUACGGACAUUUCCUUGGGUACUGCACCAGGUUUUGUGGGUCCCCUCUCGAUCCCUCAACAACAACUACCUCAUAGAUAUGUUUUGUGUUUGAGUGCGUGUGUGUGUGCGCCUGUGAGUGUGGGUGUUCAUUGCUGAAAUUGAAAAAGCUUGCACCUUUUCUAGCAAUGACAGCAUCC